AUGGUGACAGCGGCUCCUUGGGCCACCGUGACGCUGCUGCUUCUGUUGCUGGUGCUCCCAGCGUUGCUACCUGCCCGGGCAGCCGCCCAGCCGAUGCCCAACUGCUGCCGACAGAAAACUUGUUCCUGUCGUCUCUACGACCUGCUACACGGAGCCGGCAACCACGCGGCCGGCAUUCUCACCCUGGGGAAACGGAGGGCGGGCCUAUCUGGGCUACAGGGACGACUACAGAGGCUCUUGCAAGCCAGCGGCAACCACGCCGCAGGCAUCCUCACAGUGGGGCGCCGUGCAAGCGCAGGCGGAGAGCCCCUCCCCACUCCCUCCGGAGCCCCGGGCUACAACAGUUGCUCCCGGGUCCCUGGCACCUUGUCCUGCGUUGGGCAUCUGUGUACCGAUAGCCCCGCAGCACAGGACCCUGUCCAGAGCUGGCGGGGGUCAUGAGCCGCAGAGGCGACCGUCUACCAAUAGCCGCUCCCCCAGCAAUUGGGCUUUCAAAGCCCUGGGGCAUCACCAGAUUCCCAAGACUGGCUGCUCAGUGACUCAGUUGUUUGGGCAGUGGCAGGGGCGGAGUUAGGGGGGUGGGAGCUCUUCUUAUUUUCCAUGUAUUCGGGAUGGCCCCAAAGGUGGAGAUAUGAGAGACAGGUGGGUUUCUCCCCGCCUCCUCUCAGCCCCAGGUCUGUGCUCCACCUCCGAGAAUGGGGGGAAUAAAGAUGA